UUCAAGUGUUUAGUUGUAAGGUGGCCGUAGAAGUGUGAAUACCAAACGGAAUCACAGUUACAACAAUAAAUUUUUUAGAAGAAGAAAUAAGAUUUUAACCAAUAUCUUGUGCUUUUUAUUUAUGUUUAUUGUACGAAACUGAUGUUAUUUUCAUUAACGGCGCCUUAUUUAAAAUUUAUUUAUUUUUUUGAGAAAAGUGUUUUCUUUAUUUUUGCAAUUAAGUGAAUUUUUUUUGCGACAAAAAGUGUCUUGUUUCAAAUUAGUGUUUUGUGUGGAUUUUAUCUUCACAAUUAAUAGAAUUCUUAAAAGCACUUAGUUUUUUGAGAAAAAAGUGAAUUUAUAAUAUGUUUUUUAUCGCAAUUUUUUUGUGGUGAAACAUUAUUAAAUUUUUAAAAAUCAAACAACAUUAACAAUUUUUAUUUAUAUCGGAAGUGUUCCAAUUAUUUUUCGACAAUCAAAGGAUUAUUUUUGUGAUUACUUCCAACUUUAUCUAACAAAGACAUUUACGGUGGUUAGGAUCAAUUGGUAUGAAACUAUUGCCUGCAUUACCACCCGUAUUUGCGGGCAAUCAACUGCCAUUACAACCAUCCACAAUGGACUUAAAACCGCAAACAACAUGGCCGCUAACAUUUAAUCCAUCGGAAUUAUUAUGGCGGUAUCCAAUUGGAUUACCAUCAUCACCACUGAUGGAUUUCAAAACACAUUUACCAAAUAAUUUAGCAACAGAUCCACGAAUAUGGUCACGUGAUGAUGUAGUCUCAUUCUUACGUUGGUGUGAACGAGAAUUCGAUUUACAACCAUUCGAUAUGGAAAUGUUUCAAAUGAACGGUAAAGCCAUGUGUUUGUUGACACGAAACGAUUUAGCGGAACGAUGUCCUGGUGCUGGAGAUGUUUUACAUAAUGUAUUACAAUUAUUAGUACGUGAUGCCUCGUUGUUACAACGGUGUUUACCUUCAAGUCCUGUGACACCAACUUCAAGACACGCAUAUCCAUUAUCACCGCAUUCACAUCCUCCUACACCAAAUUGGAAUAUCUUGUCACAAGGUGCGACGGCGGAUCACUUUCAAAAUGCAGCUCAUGCAGCAAGUUUAGCACAUUUUAUUAAUCAAGGUAAUUCAGUAACGUUGAGUCCUGCACCAUCGGUGGAUAGCCAAUCGGGAAGUCCACAACAUGCAGACAACAAUAGCAAUCCACCACAAUUACCACCAAUUUUUGUACCAAAAACUGAAUGGACCUACAAUGGUAAUGGAAGCAAUCAUUCGGAUUCCGAUGAAGAUAGUUACCAUGAAAAUAGUCCACAAAAUGGUCAUCAUACAGAAAGUCCACCAAAUACACCAAAUUUAUUAGCACCACCACCAUUACGCAGUCCUAAAAAGGAGGCGCUAACUCCAUCGUCAUUCAGACCAGCACCAACAGCUGCACGGGAAUUUUUCCCAAGUGAUGCACCACCUGAACCAAAUACAAAUGGCCGAUUAUUAUGGGACUUUUUACAACAAUUGUUAAAUGAUCCAUCACAGCGUUACACGAAUUAUAUUACAUGGAAGAAUCGUGAAACGGGUGUAUUUAAAAUUGCUGAUCCAGCCGGUUUAGCGAAAUUAUGGGGCAUCCAAAAGAAUCAUCUUUCAAUGAAUUAUGAUAAAAUGUCACGAGCUUUACGUUAUUAUUAUCGUGUAAAUAUUUUAAGAAAAGUUCAAGGCGAACGUCAUUGCUACCAAUUUUUAAGAAAUCCAUCAGAAUUAAAAAACAUCAAAAACAUCUCAUUAUUACGCCAACAAAUGUCACCCACCCAACAACAACAAAAUCAACAAUCGGUUCAUCAACAAAAUCAACAAGCAGCUACACAAAAUGGUUCAAUGAUGUUAAUAAAAAAUGAACAACAAAAUUUAAAAAAUAUCACAGCAUUACGUCAACAAAUGUCACCAAAUAACCAUCAACAAUCAAUUGCCAUUACAAAUCAAUUAAAUUCAACAAAUAGUGCAAUAUUAAAUAGUAAAACAAAUGAACAGAAACAAACUGAAUUAAAAAAUUUAUCAUUAAUGCGACCAUCAUUAGUACAAAAUAAUUCACAAGUGACAAUGUCCUUAAAAACAUCACCAGAAAUUACAAUUAAAAUGGAAGAACAUCAUCACUCCCCACCAUUAAGUCAUCACCAUCAAAUGGACACAUCAUCAUCAUCGUCUACGUCGUCAACAUCAAAUCAAAGGCAUAAAGUGAAUACCCCGAUGGACGAUGAAGAUAUGCCGACCGAUUUGAGUAUGAUCCAUCCUACCGACUUAAGUAGUAAAUCCGAUAAACAUCGAAUUAGUGUUUUAUGUGCAUCUGAAAUAAACCGGGACUCCACAGCGUAUUCAAACAAAAUGGCAGUUAGUGAUAAAUAAUUUAGACUCGAAACAAUUUUGUGUCAUAGACUGGCUUUUUAGCCCCAAAGUGUGUAUUUUGAACAAUUAUAAUAUAGACAAAAAAAAAACAUUGCACUAAUUAUUAUAAACAAUUUUUAAAGAGU